AUGCAAAGCUUUUCUGUGAAGAUAUAACAUAAAUCUGAAUUUAAACUAUGUUCGAUUAUAAAUAACUAAAUUAGUAACCAAGAACUUGAAUGCUUAUAACUAGUAAAUUGAUAUUAUAUCAUAUUUAGAGUCAUACCUUACAAUCUCCUAUAUCAGGCAAUUCUCAAAGUAUGACUGAAAAUUGUUGUUUCACUAAAAUAAAUGAAAAGAUUAUUGAAGAACCUCUUUUAGAUAUAUAAUGUGAAUAAAUCUACUCUGAAUUAGACAACAUCGAAUACUGUAGAUAAACUCUUGUUUUUACAAAUAGUAUAAAUUCUAAUAGAUAUUUUUAGUGAAUGAAUUAUAAUAGGCUAUUUAAAAGAUUAAAUAUAUAUAGAAUAGAUUUUUGAUGCCUAUUAAUGAUAUUCAAGUUGAUAAAUAGCCUGAUGAAACAUAUAAACUAGGAAUUAUUGUAAAAUUUAAUUAUAUAAAUUAGACGAAAAAAUUUAUUAAUCAUAAUUUUAGAAUUAAUAUAAGAAUGCUAAGCAAAUUUAUAUUAAAAGCUAUCUAAUUUGACUUAUCAUUUUCAAGCAGUAAUAUUUAAUAUCUAUAUAGAUGAUAUUAUUUAAUAUUAUGAUGAUUCAUUUCACAUAAAUCCAAUAUCUUUAUUAGUUUAUAAUGAAAAGUAGACUUGCUAUGAAGCUCUAAGAGAAAUGUUAAAUUAAGUUGAUUUAUGUUAAGAUAUAGAAAUCAUUCUUGAAAUGUUAAAAGAUUUUCAUAAUUAAGAUUUAGAAUAAUUAAUAAAUUAUAAUAUUGUGGAUAAAGAUAUUUAUAAACUUAAAUUGCAGUUAAUUAAUUUAAUUUACAAAAGAAUGUAGUUAUGA